AUGAGAGUACUUAUGAACUCCCAAGAUCGUAACGAAGAUCCCUUACUCGAUGCGAAGACACAGAAACCCAAUCAAGCUCUAGAAAAAGUACCAAAAGAGACAAAGAACGUUCCAAAGCCGAGGCAGCUGCGUUCACCUACAUGGUUACAACAAUUUCGAAAAGGCAAUUCCUUUGAGUGUGCGACAUUUCUCACGAGCUUACUACUGGGACAGGGAUAUAAUGCAUACGUAGUGAGUGGCUAUGCGUCCAGAGAACAAACUCUGUGCGAUUUAACAAGGCGGCCGUGCCCUUACUUACCACAAUCAGAGAAGCUCCAUGUAGUUCAACCGGUACAAGUUCAAACUGAAAUUACAAAGUAUAAAUUCAAACCCCCCACCGAAUACAAAAGCGAAUUUUUAUCAGAAUUAGAGGAAGAAAAAGCAAGAAGAUUGCAGGAAAAAUUACUUCAGGAUGAAAGGGAACAACAAAAGUUGAUCGAGGAAUUAGAACAGCUUCCGGUAGAUGAAUAUUGGGGAUACAGAAUACAUGCAUGGGUAACGAUUUUACCAGAGAUGGGUGGACUAAGAGACCAGGAGAUUUCUUACCCGCUUUUUAUCGAAUCUACCACUGGUGCAUCUUACAACGCCACAGACGAUGAUACAGCUCAGUUAUAUCUAGGUGUAGAGAGUAUAUGGAAUGACAAGAAUUAUUGGGUAAAUAUGCAGAAGUCCGCGAAAUCGUGCGUGAACAUAGUGUGGGAUUUGAUGAAAGUGGAACUAUGGGAACAUUUGCUUCCCGGAGAACCGUGGACAAUGCGCGGCGUAGGAGAGGAUAUCGAGGAAGAUAUCGCCGUGCAACAAGAGAAGCAUUUGGACAUGCCGUUCUCAUAUGUGAAAGAAAUAGAUAUCAGCGUACAAGAUUUUGACAAAAGGUACCCGAACGGUACAAAAACGAUAUUUUAUAAAAAAGCGAAGGUCGAACAGUAUGCACCGUAUCUUCAAACGGAUGGAAUGAUACAGAGAGUUACACUAUAUGAUGAUUAUAAUUGCAUGAAUCCCAUUGAAGUAUAUGAAAAUUAUUCGAACAGAUCUGACAAUCUUGUAGAAUCACGAAGAAAUUUGAACGAUGAUGCUGUUAUAGAUUAUUACGCUAGAGGCCGAUCAGAUCAGUGCCAAGAACAUCGAUAUUUUCUCAAUUGUAUUUCUACGGUGGAUAGCGAGCGAAUUUUACAUUUUUAUCAGAUAGCUCGUUUCGAUGGACUGUCGAAUAUAGAAAUGCAUCCGACCUAUAUGACGCAACAUUUCGUCGAUCGCGAUGAUUUCCUGUAUUACCGGCAUGUGCAGUUCACUCGAGAAAAAAAUGUCACUGUUCAACAAGACAUUCAUUACCGACAUAUCGGGAAAAUUGUCGAGAAAUUUAAUAGAGAUGAACGAAUUAUAGCGAACAAGAACAUAGCGAUUCGUGAAUUCGCUAUCGGCGAGAACAAAAUACAUAUUACGUAUCAUUAUAAGCCAGGUCGAUUUACCAGAGCCACGCGAAUGUAUGUGAAGCCACCAUUAGCAGAAAGGGGAGACCGGCUGGUUCUUAACCCAUCAAUGACACAUGGAUAUAAUCCUCUAGACGAACCUGACAAGUCCCUCGAUUUGUUAUACGAACUGGGCACACAACUGAAUGAGGAGGAUACGGCUAUAUCUCAAAUUAGAGCUGCUGAAAAGGAAAUAUUCUCUUUCCUUGAAGCGAGAGAUAACGAAUAUUUGACACCAAAGCUGUUGAUCUCUAUAUAUGACAAGCUUAGAGAGCCAGAAUAUAUGGCUGAAAUAUACGCAACACGAGCACAAAGUCAAAAAGACAUUACGAAAAUUGUGGAUUAUUUGCAACCGUAUCUAGCUCGUAUAGGAAAUCUAGCAGAAAUAUCGAAGUCUAAUGCAAGUAUGAUACGAUACGAGUGUCUUAAUGAUUACAAGCAAUUACUUAUACGCAGAGCAAAUAAGAUCUUGCACAAGUUCGACGAAUACUCGCAUGAACUGGUAAAGGUCCAAGCAGGAUUGACACAGAGCGAAGAUUUAACACGCGAAGAGGAAGAACAAGUAUUCAACAAGAUGAACGAAAUCAAUUUUUACUUGCAAACAUUAGAGACUAGAUUGAAUCGUCACAGAGAGUUGGUUCCUAAACGAUACAAGAUGUUGAUGGAACAUUUACAGAGAAGUCCGUAUCUUUCGGUGCUUCAACAUAAACUUAAAUAA